AUGUAUACCCCCAACCCCACCAUCGCCACCAUCGCCUUGGGCGUACUGGCAGCUCUGCCUGGUGUCCAAGCUGGUUUGUACACCAGGAGCUCCCCCGUCAUCCAAGUCGAUGCCAAGAACUACGACAGACUGGUCGCCAAGUCAAACUACACAACGGCUGUCGAGUUCUACGCGCCCUGGUGCGGUCAUUGCCAGAACCUCAAGCCUGCAUACGAAAAGGCUGCCAAGAACCUCGACGGCCUUGCCCAGAUCGCUGCCGUAAACUGCGACGAGGACGAGAACAAGCCGCUCUGCGGCCAAUUCGGUAUCCAGGGCUUCCCGACCAUCAAGAUCGUGCGACCCGGCAAGAAGAAGGGCAAGCCUAUUGUCGAGGACUACAACGGGCCCCGAGAUGCCAAAAACAUUGUCAGCGCCGUCAUCGACAAGAUCCCCAACCACGUCAAAAAGGUCACGGAUAAGGACGUCGACGAGUUCCUAAGCACAAAUAAUGAGACGGCAAAGGCACUCCUGUUCACCGAGAAGGGCACCACCAGCGCAUUGCUCAGGAGCAUCGCCAUUGACUACCUAGAUGUCAUACAGGUUGCUCAAAUUCGAAACAAGGAAACCAAGGCCAACGAUAUCUUUGGCAUCGACAACUACCCUUCCUUGGUCCUGCUCCCCGGUGGCGACAAGCCCUCAGUCCUCUAUGAUGGCGAAUUGAAGAAGGAAGCCAUGAUCAAGUUCCUCUCGCAGGUUGCCGAGCCGAAUCCUGUCAACGGGCCCGAGAAGGCCAAGGCCAAGAAGGACAAGAAGAAGGAGGAGAAGCCAGCAAAGAAGUCCCGGCCGAAGAGUGAGGAACCAGCUCCAUCUGAAGAAGCCACCGCAACGACCUCUGUCGAGACCCCUACCGAGACCAAGAGGGCCGAAAAGGAGACAGUGACACUUGAUUUGACAGGUGUCCUCGACAACGCUAUUGAGCUAACCAAAGCGUGCCUCAACCCCAAGGCCGGCACCUGCGUUCUGGCAUUCGUCCCAAAGGAGCACAGCGAGGAAGCCGAGAAGGCUUUAGAAGGUCUCCGCGGAGUCGGCAUCAAGUACGACAACCAUCAUCGCCGGGUAUUUCCCGUGUACGAAGUCCACUCCGAGGAUGCCAAUGUCGCCUCGAUGCUUGAAAGCUUCCAUCUGGAGAAGCAGGUCGAGAUCAUUGCACUGAAUGGCAAGCGCGGUUGGUGGAGACUGUAUGAGGGAGAUUUCUCUCACCAGAGUCUGGCUGAUUGGAUCGAUGUCAUUCGUCUUAAUGAGGGCGGUAAGAGACCAUUGCCGGAUAUCAAGAUCUUUGUUGCGGAUGACGAAGUGCCUGCUGCUGAGAAGGUCGAGGUAAAGGUCGAAGAGGAGGUCAAGGUUGAGGCUGGCGAGGCUGAGCCCGAGUCCACUUCGACCUCGUGGCAGGGAGCUGAGCCGACUCCUGAGGCCACUGAGGUUCCUGUGCAUGAGCAUAACGAGCUAUAA